AAAGGACUCUUGAGUUUUCACAGAUCGCAUAAGUCUUUCUCAGAACCAAAAGUCUGGUUUUUACCGGUAAUGAUAUGGAAGUUUUGAGAGGUAGUUAGAAACUGUACUCUCUUUCUCAGAGCUUUCUCUGGCGGUUCCAUUUUCUGGUGAGGUUCCAGGAAAGACCCAGAAAGAUUUCUCCCCCAGGUUGUUAAAAACCCUAAUAUCUGUUCGGAAAUGGAGGAUCCUAUUACUGAUAUUGAUAUUGAGGGUCCAGAUCCUGACAAAAAGGACAUAGAUGAAGUGAAAGAUAAAGAGACUCUAGAAUUGGAGAGCUGCAUGGAAGUUUUAACAAAAUUGGACUUGGACUUGGCAUACUCUUCUGAAAAGCUGGUAAAUCUCCAUGGACUUUCGAUGCACCUUUCGGCUCAAGAAAACGAGCUUGAAGCAAGGGCAAUGGGGAAUAACUAUACCUCAACAGAGUUUGUGGAGAAGACAUUGGUAUUUGAUCUCUUAUCCGGCGUGUUGGAAUCCGAGGUAAGAGAGCUGGACAGUUUCAUGGUUAGUCUCCAAGCAGAAAUUGUUGAUGCCCAUCAAAAAAUAUCUUCAUGCAGACACUUGACAGAACCUUACACUAUGAUGGAAGAGAAGUUGCAUGACUCUGAAGAGUCUUUGAAACAGACCCAGCAUCGGAUUUCGGAAGUGAAGAUUCAAUCAACCAAGCUACAGAGAACUGUUCUAGCUUUUGCACAUGAUAAUUGGAAAGGUAACAUUGACGAAUCGAUGUCGAAUACAAAUGGUCAAUCUAAUCUACAGAUUGCUGGACAGAGACAUAUUUUAAAGAUGUUGGAGAAAUCACUUGCAAGAGAGCUAGAUCUCGAGAAGAAGUUGGCGGAAUCAAGAAGAAGUGAGGAAGAACUGAGAGUCAAGUUACAUUACACCGAACAAGUAGCUUUUCACAUGGAAGAAACUGCACAAGUAGUUUGGGGAAGAUUUUUAGAGGCUGAUAAUUCUUCUGUGGUGCUCAAGGGAAUUUCCCACGAGCUUUUAGGUCGACUACAGCUUGUUCAGUUCAAUUUGAAUGGCACGGUUCAAAGAGAAAGUGAGUUGAAGUCGAAAUACCAAGAUUGUCUUCAAGAGCUUGAAGAGAAAAAUGCUGUCUUAGAGAAGCUCAAGAGUAGCACUGCAGAAAAUAGCGCGUAUGAAGCUGAACUCUCUGCUUUGAGGGAAAAAGUGCAGGUUUUAGAGGAGAAGCUGAAAGAAUCUGAACUCAAGCUAAAAAAUGCAAAUGUCAUAAAUCACUCGAGUCAAAUAAAACUAAGGGAAAUGGAAAAUAUAGUGGAAUCACUGAAAGAAAGUAUUGAUGUAGCAGACACUAGAGCCGAAAGUGCAGAACUCAAAGUUGCAGAGUUGAAUGGAACAAAUGUAGAACUUACUGAGGAGCUGAAUUUUCUCAAAGGAAGUGUUACUAACACAGAAAAGAAGGUUGGUGUUCUCGAGAAGCAGUUGAGAGAAGCAGAGAUCCAGUUGCAGCAUGCGAAGGCGUCUUCCGAAGCCAGCCAAGAGCAGCAGAAUAUGUUAUAUUCUGCAAUUUGGGAUAUGGAAACUCUAAUAGAAGAUCUGAAAUCGAAGGUUACAAAAGCAGAAAACAAGACAGAAACUAGUGAGGAGCAUUGUAUUAUUUUGUCCGAAACUAAUGAAGAACUGACUAAGGAAAUAAGUACUUUAAGGGACAGAAUAGAAUACUUGGAGGCAUCGUUGGUUCAGGCAAAAAAUGCAAAAUUUGAAAGCGCAAAUGAGAUUAAUGUCAGGACUAAGUUCAUGAUGGACAUGGUGUUGCAACUAGCAACUGAAAGAGAACGCAUCCAAAAUCAGUUAAAUGUGUUAACAAAGGAGAACAAGACUUUCGCUGAUAAUUUCGGUUACACUGUAAAGAAUGUCUACAAUGAAGAAGAAGAUGACCAUGAUGACAAAGAACUUUCUUCUUUCAAGACUAAUUUAAGCAAUUCUUCUUGUGCAAAAUCUUCCUUGGAAGCCGUGAACGAUUCCAUUGGUAAAAGUUUGGAGAAUCAGUUGGAUGAAUCAUCAGAAGAAGAAGAAUCGUUAUGCGAAGACGGUGAGAGCGACGCCGUUUCUGUAGAUGAUUCUGAUGGCACGGUCUCAAAGCUUCAAGACUCAAGGGCGGCAUCAGCUAGAUGCCUGAACUUUAAGUAUUUUCUAGUGGCAAUAUUUGUUUCAUUGGUUUCAGUUUCAGCCAUGUAUUUGAUCAACCACAAACCUUUCCUUUUUCAUUGAUUCUUUCGCGGAUGAAUUUACCAUUGUCUUAAAUCAAUUUGGGUUUUUGGGUUUUGGGUGUUUCUUUUUCUUUUUCAUAUAUUGAUCAGCACAUGAAUUCUGUCCCAUCGUAUUAUACUACAUGCUUCUGCAACA